AAAAUCUCAGCCACUCGAUCAGAUUUCAUCUCCUCCUUUUAAAUAAACGCUAAAGCCUCACCAAACUCUUCACUCACUUGACUAUUUUCACAUUCGGAGCUUAGCUUUCUCUCUCGAUCUCAUCGCCAUGGCUGACAACAAGAAGAUUAAGAUCGGAAUCAACGGUUUCGGAAGAAUCGGUCGUUUGGUGGCGAGAGUUAUCCUUCAGAGGAACGAUGUUGAGCUCGUCGCUGUUAACGAUCCUUUCAUCACCACCGAGUACAUGACGUACAUGUUUAAGUACGACAGUGUUCACGGGCAGUGGAAGCACAAUGAGCUUAAGAUAAAGGAUGAGAAAACACUUCUCUUUGGCGAGAAGCCAGUCACCGUGUUCGGCAUCAGGAACCCUGAGGAGAUCCCAUGGGGUGAGGCCGGAGCUGACUUUGUUGUUGAGUCUACUGGUGUUUUCACUGACAAGGACAAGGCCGCUGCUCACUUGAAGGGUGGUGCCAAGAAAGUUGUCAUCUCUGCUCCAAGCAAAGAUGCUCCCAUGUUUGUUGUUGGUGUCAAUGAGCAUGAAUACAAGUCUGAUCUUAACAUUGUUUCCAACGCUAGUUGCACCACUAACUGCCUUGCUCCACUUGCCAAGGUUAUUAACGACAGGUUUGGAAUUGUUGAGGGACUCAUGACUACCGUCCACUCUAUCACUGCUACUCAAAAGACUGUUGAUGGUCCAUCAAUGAAGGACUGGAGAGGUGGAAGAGCCGCUUCCUUCAACAUCAUUCCCAGCAGCACCGGAGCUGCCAAGGCUGUCGGAAAGGUGCUUCCACAGCUCAACGGAAAGCUGACCGGAAUGUCCUUCCGCGUUCCCACCGUUGAUGUUUCAGUUGUUGACCUCACGGUUAGACUCGAGAAAGCUGCGACCUACGAUGAAAUCAAGAAGGCUAUCAAGGAGGAAUCUGAAGGCAAGCUAAAGGGAAUCCUUGGUUACACCGAGGAUGAUGUUGUCUCAACUGACUUCGUUGGUGACAACAGGUCGAGCAUUUUUGACGCAAAGGCUGGAAUUGCGUUGAGUGACAACUUCGUGAAACUGGUGUCGUGGUAUGACAAUGAAUGGGGUUACAGUACCCGUGUGGUCGACUUGAUCAUCCACAUGUCCAAAGCCUAAAGAGCUCAAGAGAGAUAUGAUGUAACGGUGUCUUAAUUUGUCAGCUUUUUCGAAUAAAAAAUUUCUCAAGGUCUAAAAACUCAUCCCUUUUGGUUUUAGCGAUUCUCCUUCACGUGACGUGAUAGGAAGUUUGUAAACCUUGUUUAUUUCUUUACUGAAAACCGCUUUGAUACACAAGUUUAGUUUUAUUA